AUGUCGAAGUACGAGGGAUGUCAGUUGUUCGCGGGGUUGGCCAGUUAUACCGGCCUCGAAACCGACCAGUUCAACUUUAUUGUGGGCCAAUUGGCCGCGAUGGGCUUGGCCACGCUGUACCGGACCGUCCUACACCCUUCCAAGACCAGCACCGCGGUCAGGCACGCGUUCGGCCUCGUUUUCGGCCUCUGUAUCGGGUAUUUUUGCUUCGGGUUCCAGGCGCUGCACUUGGCUGGUCUUCCAGGGAUCUGUUAUGUUGUCAUGGUAACGCAGAACGUCCACGUGAUGCAUGGGAUGGUGUUGACGGUCAGUAUCAUCUACCUGUCUUGCUUGCACCUGCAUAGGCAGAUCUACGAUUAUGGCUCAUACGGCUUGGAUAUCACUGGACCACUGAUGGUAAUCACGCAGAAAGUAACUUCCUUGACAUUUAGUCUCCACGAUGGCCUUACGAAAAGUGAAGAGGAAAUGACGGAGUUGCAGAAGAGUCAUGCUGUGUAUAAACAACCGAGCUUCCUGGAAUACUUUAGCUACAGUUUGCUGUUUCCUUCACUUAUGGCUGGACCUGUGAUAUUCUACAAUGACUACAUCGACUUUAUCGAGGGUAAGAGUUACGUCAAACAUCAAACGUCGUCCAACUCGAAGACUGUAAUGGUUCAAGAACCUAGUCCUGUGAGAGCUAUAUGCCAGAAAGUGAUUCUUGCCUUGUCCUGUGCCUGUAUCUUCCUUAUCUUGCUUCCAAUGUUUCCAAUUCGCCGAGCAAAAGAUGAAAAUUUCUUGGACAGCACCAGCAUUGUCGAAAAAUUUUGGUUCUUGACUGUAGGCACAACGUUAGUGAGAUUUAAGUAUUAUUUUGCUUGGACCUUAGCGGAUGCGAUUUGUAAUAAUUGCGGCUUAGGUUUCAAUGGUUAUAACAAAGAUGGUUCUCCGAAUUGGAACAAGAUAUCCAACGUAGAUAUCUACCAAUUCGAAUUAGCUACUAGUCUGAAACAAGCUAUUGCAGCUUGGAAUAAAGGUACAAAUAUUUGGUUAAGAAUGCUUGUUUAUGAGAGAAUGCAGAAGUAUGCGACAGUCUUGACGUAUGUAGUCUCGGCGGCGUGGCAUGGGUUCUACCCAGGUUACUACCUCACCUUCCUUAGUGGUGCUAUAUUCACAUUCGCAGCUAGGGUAGUUAGAAGGCAUAUCAGAAAUUAUUUCAUGGAAAGCAAAGAAGCAAAACUCCUCUAUGACAUAAUCACAUUUGCCAUAACUCAUUUUGUUCUGGCGUAUAUCACUUUUCCAUUUGUCCUUCUGGAGUUUUGGGCAAGCAUUGUUAUGUACAAUAAAAUGUAUUGGUGUUUACACAUAGGCGCAGUACUGGCGUUAGUACUAGUGCCAAGGUUCGUGCCAAAAUCUCAACCUCAAAAACACUAUACUCGAGGCAGCAUAACCUCAGCUUUGAGGGAAGCGACAUUUAACUCUGUGAUACGGGGUGACUGA